AAAGAUGUCUAAAGGGGGGUAACUCUAACUGGCAGCCUGAAGGUUAUGCACUUUUAUGUCAUUAAAACGAUGUAAAUCAAUUGAGGAUGAAUGAAGAAAGUCAGCAUAUGUGCAGUGGGCUUACUAAGUCAAAGCAAGUAAAGAGAAAGUUAGAACAGGUUGUGGAAGAAGUAAUAGAUAAUGGAAUGAAUGACAGGAUCAGUGACAACAACAAUAACUACGAUACAAGAAAUGCCAGUUCCACCUCCAAAUGCCAUGUUAAAGAAGGCUUUUCAUGGUGGACAUGCCUUAUGUAUGGAAUGCCUUAUGAAAGUACUAAACCACACGCAGUCAAAAAAACAGAAGACUGAAAUAUUUGUUCACAAUGCCUCAUAAUCUAUCAACAUGAUCAACUUGUCUUUUUUUUUAUUGUAUCACAGUAUGAACAUAUGAAAGUCAUAAAAUAUAAAAUGGAUUAUUCUGGAACAAAUACUACUCACAAGUCUCUGCCUGGUGACAGCUGGGAAUUCAGACACUUUAAUAUCUUGUUUGCUUAUUAGUGUGAAAGCUGAUGAUGGCUAAAUGUACAGAUUGGCCUGAGAAGCCUAUCAAACCCCUGGACUCUGAUUGUUGUGGUAAUGGGUGUGUGCCAUGUGUGUUGGAUAUCUAUGAUGAAGAAGUGAAGAUCUGGGAAAAGGAAUGCCUUCGACUGCAGCAGAAAGACAACAAACAUGAAAAUGUGUCUGACUCGGAAGAUGAGGCAGAUGAGGAACCAGUGUUAUCCAAAGACAGAUACAGAAGAGUUAAAAUCAUAUUUAUCACCAUGGAAACCAAGGACUCUGCUAGAUACCGGAUGAAGCUGCCGAGAGAAAAAUCAUUGGGUCUGUGUAUAGGUCAACAUAUCAUUAUCAGGGGAUAUCUGGAUUCCACACCUGUAACCCGACAGUACACACCUAUAUCUGAUGUUGAGAUCAAGGGUUAUUUUGAUGUUUUGAUUAAGACGUAUCCUGAGGGUCAGAUGUCCCAGAUAGUUAAAAGAUGGAAGGAAGGAGAAUAUGUUGACAUUCGAGGUCCAUUUGGUAGUUUCUCCUACAAGCGGAACCAGUAUCAAACAUUGUACCUUCUAGCAGCGGGCACGGGUAUAGCCCCGAUGUCACAGGUCAUACAGGGAAUUGUGGGAGAUGAGGAUGAGGAGACCAGAGUGAGGCUGAUCUAUGGGUGCCGCACCUACGCUGAUAUCUUGAUGAAGGCUGAACUAGACACUUGGUCCUCCUUCUGGAACUUCUCAGUGACAUACGCUCUCAGUCAGGAAACAGAUGAAUCGUCCAGUUGUUAUAGAUAUGGAGACCAAGUGCAUGCUGGGAGAGUGACUGCCACACUUCUGGACACUGAGCUAGGUGACAGGAAGGAGAAUCUUCUAGUGCUAAUCUGUGGGACUAAGACAUUUGAGGCAGACAUGAUUGACCAUCUAAACACUUUGGGACUGUCUGAGGACAAAUACUUCAGAUUUUAAAAAGUUAAUUAUUAAGUUAAGAUUGUGUUAGUUAAUACUAGUUUCUCCAGUGUAUGUUCUUUCCAACUGAUAUUGCAUACUAACAAACAGCUUAGUAACCAAGUUAGCAUUAGGAACUCUAAUAUAUUCAUGUCUACCCCAGGCAGCCUGUAAAUAAUAUCCACUCAGACUGCUCCCUUUAUGUGAUCCAGCUGAGCUA